GGAGCUUUACUCGCGUGGUAAAGCGCUGAACCCGAAGCGAAUCCGCCGCGCUGGUGAUAUAGUCGCGCGUUACCUUGGUGCGGCUGCCACUGCUUCGACGGCUUCUGCUGGGGCGGCCGCGGUGUCCUCUGGUUCAGAAGACCUGUCAAGAGGUAAGUCUAUCCCAACUUCUGUGCCUGUUG